CAAACGAGACGAACAGGGCAUUAGUUUAUCAUUCUCUCUCUAAUCUUCAUUUCUCUUUUUCUCUCUCCUCCCUUUCUUCCCUCUCCCCUUUCCUAAUUUAAUUUAUCUUCUUCGUCAAUUUUAUUUCCAUUUCCAUUUCUAUCUCUAUUUCUCGCCCCUCCUCCGCUCGCGCGCACGACGUGGGAUUUGUUCACGGAGGCCAAAAGGAGGGAAAAAAAAAAGGAAUAAAGGGGAUCUCUCUUUCUCUCUCAUAAUUCGUUCCCUUGUUCCAUUACGACACGCCGACGAUACGGCCGAGAGAUUCGAUCAAUUCGGGCCCACGGCGUGGUGGCUGAGAUGAAUUCUGGCCGAUUUUGUCAAUUAAUCGGGCGGUAGGGCAGCGCGAUGUCGAAUGCUCGGCCCGCAUAGCCCGGUAGGCUGCUCAGCCCGCAUAGUCCCGGUAGGCCGCCACGAAACCCCCGCUCCGAUCUCCCCUACCGCGACCAUGGAAGUGGAUGCCUCCAUGUCGACGGAAUCCAACCACGAUCCGGCCGCCGCCAAUCACCAUGACGACCCGUCAGAGUCCUCUGUCUCCUCGCCAGCGCCGGUUCCUCCGGAGGGGUCGCCGUCUCUGCAGCAGCAGCAGCAGCCCGCCGCCACCGCCGCCGCCGCCGCCGGGCCCCGUCCCGCGCCGAGCUACUCGGUGGUGAACGCGGUCAUCGAGAAAAAGGAGGACGGGCCGGGAUGCCGGUGCGGGCACACGCUCACCGCCGUCGCUGCUGUUGGGGAGGAAGGCACGCCCGGGUACAUCGGGCCGAGGCUUAUUCUCUUCGGCGGCGCCACGGCUCUCGAGGGCAAUUCCGCCGCCCCGCCGUCCUCCGCCGGAAGCGCUGGCAUCCGUCUCGCAGGUGCAACUGCUGACGUCCAUUGUUACGAUGUGUUGUCAAAUAAAUGGACAAGGCUGACACCACUUGGGGAACCACCGUCACCAAGGGCUGCACAUGCUGCGACUGCUGUGGGCACCAUGGUGGUAAUUCAGGGUGGAAUUGGCCCUGCUGGUUUGUCUGCGGAGGAUCUUCAUGUUCUGGACUUAACACAACAGCGACCGCGGUGGCAUAGGGUUGUUGUCCAAGGACCUGGCCCUGGACCACGCUAUGGACAUGUGAUGGCUUUGGUGGGGCAAAGAUUUCUAUUAGCUAUUGGUGGAAAUGAUGGGAAGCGGCCUUUAGCUGAUGUUUGGGCCCUAGACACUGCUGCCAAGCCUUACGAAUGGAGGAAGUUGGAACCAGAAGGUGAAGGCCCACCUCCGUGCAUGUAUGCAACUGCAAGUGCACGCUCUGACGGUCUUCUUCUGCUAUGUGGAGGGAGGGAUGCAAACAGUGUGCCUCUAUCAAGUGCGUAUGGUCUUGCAAAACAUAGAGAUGGACGUUGGGAGUGGGCUAUUGCUCCUGGUGUCUCUCCAUCCCCUCGAUACCAACAUGCAGCUGUUUUUGUCAAUGCACGGCUUCAUGUAUCUGGCGGGGCUCUUGGUGGUGGGCGCAUGGUAGAAGAUUCUUCAAGCAUUGCAGUAUUGGAUACUGCUGCUGGGGUCUGGUGUGAUACAAAAUCUGUUGUCACGAGCCCCAGGACAGGGAGAUACAGUGCAGAUGCAGCUGGUGGGGAUGCUUCUGUUGAGCUUACACGCCGUUGUCGGCAUGCGGCUGCUGCAGUUGGUGAUUUGAUUUUUAUUUAUGGAGGGUUACGCGGCGGUGUGCUUCUUGAUGACCUACUUGUUGCUGAAGAUCUGGCUGCUGCUGAAACAACAAGUGCAGCUUCCCAUGCUGCAGCGGCUGCAGCGGCUGCCAAUGUGCCAGUAGGACGGUCAUCUGGAACACUUGGAAGAUACACAUAUGCUGAUGAAAGAUCAAAACAAACUAUUCCAGAAGCCGUUUCUGAUGGUGCAGUUGUGCUUGGCACUCCCGUUGCCCCUCCUGUUAAUGGGGAUAUGUACACUGAUAUAAGCACUGAAAAUGCCAUGCUGCAGGGACCAAGGAGACUGAGCAAAGGUGUGGAAUAUUUGGUUGAAGCCUCAGCAGCAGAGGCUGAGGCAAUUAGUGCUACUCUGGCUGCUGCUAAAGCCCGGCAACUUAAUGGUGAAGCCGAGCAAUUGCCUGACAUGGGUCAUGAUUCAGAGGCUACUCCAAGUGGAAAACAAAUCUCAAGCUUGAUAAAACUUCCUGAUACUUCUCUUCUAAACAAUUCUGCACCAGCUGGGGUUCGGCUACAUCACAGGGCGGUAGUUGUAGCUGCAGAGCCAGGGGGUGCUUUGGGUGGUAUGGUUAGGCAGCUUUCCAUUGAUCAGUUUGAAAAUGAAGGCAGGAGAGUCAGCUACGGUACCCCUGAGAGUGCAACUGCAGCUAGGAAAUUGCUAGAUCGGCAGAUGUCUAUCAGUAGUGUGCCUAAAAAGGUUAUUGCACAUCUUUUAAAACCCCGUGGUUGGAAGCCUCCUGUACGCAGGCAGUUCUUUUUGGAUUGCAAUGAAAUUGCAGAUCUCUGUGACAGUGCUGAAAGAAUAUUUACAAGUGAGCCAAGUGUUUUGAACAUUAAGGCUCCUGUUAAGAUCUUUGGCGAUUUGCAUGGUCAGUUUGGGGACCUUAUGCGCUUGUUUGAUGAGUAUGGUGCUCCUUCGACGGCAGGGGACAUAGCUUAUAUUGAUUAUCUCUUCUUGGGAGACUAUGUUGAUCGUGGCCAGCAUAGUUUGGAAACUAUUACUCUUCUUCUAGCAUUGAAGGUUGAGUAUCCUCAUAAUGUGCAUUUAAUUCGUGGGAACCAUGAGGCAGCAGAUAUCAAUGCUCUAUUUGGCUUCCGGAUUGAGUGCAUUGAACGAAUGGGAGAGCGAGAUGGAAUCUGGGCUUGGCACCGCAUAAAUCGACUAUUUAAUUGGCUCCCUUUGGCUGCACUAAUUGAGAAGAAGAUUAUCUGCAUGCAUGGUGGCAUUGGUAGGUCCAUAAAUCAUGUGGAGCAGAUUGAGAACCUUCAACGACCAAUUACAAUGGAGGCAGGAUCGAUUGUUCUAAUGGAUCUGCUUUGGUCCGAUCCAACAGAGAAUGACAGUGUUGAAGGAUUAAGACCAAAUGCUAGGGGCCCAGGCCUAGUUACUUUUGGGCCUGACCGUGUAAUGGAGUUCUGCAACAACAAUGACCUGCAGUUGAUAGUACGAGCACAUGAAUGUGUGAUGGAUGGUUUUGAACGUUUUGCUCAGGGACAUUUGAUUACUCUUUUCUCUGCCACUAAUUAUUGCGGCACAGCAAAUAAUGCAGGUGCAAUUCUAGUUCUGGGAAGAGACCUUGUGGUUGUUCCAAAACUUAUUCAUCCGUUACCCCCUGCCAUUAGUUCACCCGAAGCAUCACCAGAGCAUAUCGAGGAUACAUGGAUGCAGGAGCUUAAUGCCAACAGACCACCAACGCCAACGAGGGGCCGCUCUCAAGCAGCAAAUGAUCGAAGUUCUCUUGCCUGGAUAUAGCAUUCUGUCACAUGUUGAUAUAGUCAUUCCUCUUCUAUGAUCUGAGGCUCCCUCCUGGUGGGGAUCUGGCUGUUUCUCAUUUAGACACAAGGGAUCAUCUUGUGAGAUUUAGGAGCCAACCAUGAUGGUACCGACGGAGGUCAGCAGAAAGAUCCAUCUUUGAAAUUACAGAGCAGCGGCUAACCCGGGGUGAAAUGUGUGAGCGGCAUGUAAAUCCAUAAUGCCCUCCAAGUGGUUGAUUCGCUAAACUAGUUUGAUCCAGAGUUGCCUGGGUUCCUGCAAAACUUCACCUGUGUAUAUUCAACAUUGCUGGCAGAUAGGUGAGUGUACGUGGUCUCCUGUGUUGCCCAUGGGAAUGAUGAAUAGGCUUACCUUUAUUAGGUAUUCUUUCUUAUGCUUGGAUUCUUCUGUUGAGAAGACAUUAUAGUGUUGGUGAGAGCAAUGCUGAGUUCUACAGCCCAUACUGGCAGAGGCAUGUAUAAUAGAUAUUUACGACAGCACAUUUUCAUUGUAAUUUUCUGGUGCUGUGAUGUACAACAAUGUAAGUUUUGAAUGGAUAGCAUAUAUUUGAGGUUUGCCGUAGAAAUUGUUUAUUCU